AUGACCGAACGGAUUUAUCCAGGCACGAUCAACCCACACAGCAACAAGAGCAUUGCGUCUACUAUCUUGGACGGUGGCGAUAGGCCCCGGUCUCGUGUUGCUGCAGGAGACAUGCCGGACCAACCAAUCAUUAAUAACUCGGCCACGGUCCUUGGACGGUGGUGGUCCGUCGCAGUAACGAGAGACGCCACCGCGAACAUUCGAAUUCUGCCAAAAAGAAAUGUGACAAUCUGGAACGAUUGGGACGAAACAUCAAUGCACGCCCAGGUGCCACCCAUUCCAAAGCAAUACAACAGAUCUUCUACUACAACUACUACUACUGCUACUGCUACUUUUACAUUCUUACCUUCUCCUCACCACCGUCAUAAUGAUGAUAGUGGUCCUUCUGCAGGCGCCACUAUUACUUAUUUUAUUGCCACUGCUGCUAGUGGUACUGACGCUGACGUUGAUUUGCACUGUCGUCAUGUCAAUAACAACAGCCAUAAUAUCAUCAAACAUGCGGUGCUCAACGACAACAACAAUCAUCACGGUCGUAAUCACCUUCAUUGUCACACUAGCGGCCAAAUCCACCUCCAUGAUCAUAAUGACGACAAGAACAAAUUAGACGUUUCACCUCGUCCUUCUCUGCCUCCCUCUUCCUAUCAUCAUCAUCAUCAACGAUACCGUCGUACAACCAACCCACCAUUGCAUAGCGACAACGAUGCCCUGUAA